CCUUUGCUUGCUCUCUAGUUAUAUCUUCCAGCCAUAAAAAUGCUUGCAAUCGCCAUCAGAAUUCCAUCGCCUUGCCUCGUUCGUACGAAUCGUUGUCCGCCUUCCAUUUUAAUAAAGUUAUAAAAUGACUUACGCUGAACCGAAAUCCAAUUCCCUCGACACUCCGGACGACUCUCCCCCACGAUCAUUCCGUCAUGAGGCACAUCCAUUGGAGCAAGAGGUGACGAGGGUGACCGAUGACUGGUUUCUCGACAAUUGGCCAUUCGAGAAUGAGAAAGCUCGCAAGAAGUACGUGGCUGGCGCCUUGCCAGUGGUGACCUGCAAUUAUUAUCCACGUGCUUCCAGGGAGCGUGUCAUAUUCGCCUGCAAGCUCUUGACCAUCCUCUUCCUCAUGGAUGAUGUGCUUGAAGAAAUGUCACUUGAGGAGGGUAAGAAGUACAACGAUGCCCUGAUGCCUGUAAUGGCAGGUCAAAUGCUCCCAGACCGCACCUCUCGCGAACAGUUGAUGAUGCGGGAACUUUGGGAAGGAAUGCGGGCUUGUGAUCGGGAGCUGGCGGACGACCUUCUCGAGCCUACAUUUGAAUUCAUGCGUGCCCAAACGGCCCCCAUCCGGCUCAACCUCACGAGCCUAGGUCAGUACCUGCUGUACCGGGAAGAAGAUGUCGGCCUCAAGCUUCUUUGCUCAAUGCAGCGCUUCAGCAUGGGGGUGCAUCUGACGCCCGCCCAGAUUAAGACGGUGGAGCUCAUGGAGAAGAACGCUUCGAAGCACAUUAGCGUUGUCAACGACAUUUACAGUUUCGACAAGGAAUUGCUCCAAAGAGCAGCGAGCCAGAAGGAGGGCUCAGUACUAUGCACCGCCGUCAAGGUCAUGGCGGACGAAUGCGCCUUCAGCUAUGAUGCGGCAAAGCGUGUGCUGUGGUUGACGUGUCGCGAGUGGGAGCUUGUCCACCAGCGCCUUGAGGCUAAGCGUAAGAGCGAAGAGGGUUACACUCCAGAGUUAGCGCAGUACGUGAAGGGAUUGGAACUUCUGAUGAGUGGUAAUGAAGCGUGGAGUGCGACCACUCCUCGGUAUCAUGGUUAUAGCCUUGCAUGAGCUGUUUGAUGAGACCGCCGCAAAGUCCUGAAGUUUCGAGAGAACUGUAUUAGGAGGGACUGUCUUCGAGUAAUAAGACACAGAGAUCGCAGAGGGCGAACGACUCAUCCGAUGGCAACUUGUACCUGUGCGGCAGUCAGCGAAAAGGAAUUGUCUCGCGGAUGGUUGGAUAUUCCUGAUCAUAACAAGCCCUCCACAUGAAAUGGUAGAGCAUGCGGGGGCUCCCCGAAACUCUUGGAUGACGCACCCUAGUCUAGUCGUGAAUCUAAAGUUCCUGGUACGG